AUGCUAGAUGAGGAGGAGAAACAACCUUCAUUACCAUCGACACCCGUCCAACCCCGCCGCACCCGCUCUCAAAAGCAGGAGAAGUCGUGGGCAGAUAUGGCAGAGGAGGGUGUCAACACCGAUGCACACCCUGUCAUUGAUCUUCAUCCCGGCGAGGGCCAUGAACCUCAUGCAAAUGGCGAGGAGUUCACAGGACAGGGUCACAACGAGUCGCCUAAGAGUCCAGCCCAGCUUGGUCGACCUCAUAAACGCACUUCUUCUAUAAAGUCAAACAAGUCCACGGCCUCGAAGAAGCCUGUCUCGGAAGGUCCAGAUGGCCAGCAACAGAAGCUUGUAUACGAAAAGUUCGAGAGUCCUGAUGGCAAGCAAUUGACUAGCGUGAAGCCUGACGACUCGUACGAGGAGGCUCUGAGAACAGACGAAAAGGAAGAGACCCGGAAGAAACAGCAGCAAACCAAGGCUUCCAGGGAUGAACUUGUUAGCGGAAGAAGAGCUGGAGCAGGCUGGGAGUCGUCGGCCAUAAGAUGGGCGCCACUCAACGUUCCGCUUCAGCGUCGGCUCCAAACAGGUAUGGUCCUUGUUCAUACUUUGAGCAUUGCCCUCUUCCUUGCAGCCUUUUUCGUCCUGUGCGCCAUUCCUGUGCUCUGGCCGUUGCUGUUGCCUUACCUCCUCUACGUCCUCUUCUCCAAGGCUGGCACCUCAGGAACCCUCAAGUAUCGCUCCGAGUGGCUGCGACGCCUUCCAGUGUGGUCUCUCUUCGCUUCAUACUUCCCUGCUCGUCUUCAUCGUUCUCAGGAGCUACCUGCCACCCGCAAGUACGUCUUUGGCUACCACCCGCACGGUAUUAUUAGCCACGGCGCUUUUGUCGCCUUUGCAACCGAGGCCCUUGGCUUCGCGCAGUUGUUCCCGGGAAUCACCAACACUCUGCUGACCCUUGACUCGAACUUCCGUAUCCCUCUCUACCGCGAUUAUGCUUUGCGUCUUGGUCUGGCCUCAGUUUCUCGUGAGAGUUGCGAAAACAUUCUCUCCAAGGGCGGUCCCAACGGCGAAGGAAUGGGUCGUGCCAUCACUAUUGUUGUCGGUGGUGCUCGUGAAUCACUCGAUGCUCAGCCUAACAGCCUGCGCCUCGUACUCGCUCGUCGCAAAGGUUUCGUCAAGCUUGCCAUACGUACCGGUGCUGAUCUCGUGCCUGUCCUGGCAUUUGGCGAGAACGAACUUUACGAGCAGUUUGAUCCUCAAGCACACCCCACCAUCCACAAAUUUCAACUACUGGUCAAGAAGGCUUUGGGCUUCACCAUCCCACUUUUCCACGCACGUGGUGUCUUCAACUACGAUGUUGGUAUGAUGCCUUACCGACGCCCGCUCAAUAUUGUCGCUGGUCGACCCAUUAUGGUGCGUAAGCAGGAGCGACCUGACUCCAAGUACGUAGACGAGAUUCAUGCGCAAUAUGUGGAUGAGCUCAAGCGUAUCUGGGACGAGUGGAAGGACGUCUUUGCCAAGCACCGUGAUGGUGAUCUUGAGAUUGUCGAGUAG